AUGAUUACAGGUCGUGCAUCAAGCAGGAGUCGAGGGCAGAAUUUGGACUGGGAUGAGGCCGGCUGGCAACCCAACAAGAUGCCCUUCACUGCAACCCCUGGACCCAAAGAUGCUGCUGCAGACCUAGACUGUGAUGUGCCAACUAAGUUCCUGGAGCUCUUCCUGACCGAUGAGCUGCUUGAUCAUGUUGUGCAUCAAACAAAUCUGUAUGCAAGUCAGUAUUUUCAAGCACACCCUGACCUACCACAACAUAGCAGAGGUAAUGCUUGGAAGCCAGUGUCAGUCUCAGAACUGAAAACUUUCUUUGGACUAACUUUCCUGACCGGCUAUGUCAAAAAACCAAGCACUGAAAUGUACUGGAGUGUGGAUGAGGUGGAUGCCACACCUUAUUUCAGCAAAACCAUGUCAAGGAACAGGUUUCAGAUUAUAUGGAAGUUUCUGCAUUACAAUGACAAUGCAAAUCUGGAUGUGAAUGACAAAAUGUACAAAGUCCGCCCAGUGUUAGAUUACAUUGUGGAAAAAUUCAAGCAGAUGUAUCAGCCAGACAAAAACAUUUGCAUUGAUGAGGGUAUGAUGCUGUGGCGAGGGUGCUUAUCUUUCAGGGUGUACAACCCACAAAAGCCUGUGAAAUAUGGAAUCAAGUCCUACAUAUUGUGUGACUCUGCCACAGGUUAUUGUUUCAACAUGAGGCCUUAUUUUGGGGAAGGUAGCAGUUUGCCAGACACCGUAUUUUCUCUUCUUGAUCGCCUUUCAGGUCAUGGCUAUACACUGUAUAUGGAUAACUUCUACAAUUCUAUAGCAUUGUGUGAGCGCUUACUGGAAGCACAGACCAAUGUCUGUAGAACACUGAGGAAGAAUAGGGGGGAGCCUCAGGUCAUCAGGGAUUUGGUAAAAACCGAUCUAGGGAUUGGGGACAAAGUUGUGCGGCACAAUGACAAAGUCAUGGUAGUAGCAUGGCAGGACAAACGAUUAGUGAAGAUGGUGACAACCUGCCACCAAGAUGGGAUGCAGAAAGUUGAUGUGUGGCAGAAGGGGCACAAAGACAAGGUUGCUCAGUUCAAGCCAGAGUGUGUUGUUGCAUACAACUCUCACAUGAAUGGAGUGGAUAAGUUGGACCAAAACAUUUCCUACUACCCCUUCAUCCGCAGGUCGCUGAACUGGUCCAAGAAGUUUGUUGCCUAUCUGUUCCAAAUGUGCAUGUUUAACGCCUAUAUCCUGUACCAAGCCAGAAACCCAGGGGGAUGUAACACACUUUUGAAGUUCAUUCGUAGUGUAGUGAAGUCCUGGACCUUGAAGGUACACGAGCGGAAAGGGACUGAGGUGGGGGAACAGGUAGAGGAAGAGGAAGGAGCAGGUGUUGAGGAUGGGGACUUGGAGGAUGUCAAACAUACUCUGAGGGCACCCUAUAACACUGACCCAGAGAGCAGGCUAGAUGAAGACCUUGGCAGACACAAACUCUGUUACCUGAAACCCACCAGACAGUGUUAUAUAGAUUACCACACCACAUCCAUCUACGUGAGGAAAUCUCUGGAUUUUUGA